AUGAAGAACAAUGCAUUAAUUUUCAUAAAUAAAAAACUUGGAGUAAUUAAUUAUGAAUUGAGUGCAAAACUUGAGCAAUCUAAGUUGCUUUAUCGAUCAUUCUGUCAAAUAUCACGAUCAACAGUUUUGACAGAUGAUGAUGCGAUGUUAAAUGCUGAUGAUAUAAAGACUGAAAUGAAAGAAAUAUUAAAAACAUUAUUGUCAGAAUAUGAAAUGAGAUACGAUAAAGUUUUUAACAGCGUAGAUAAUAAGAAAAUCCAGAAAAAAUUAGUUCCAGAACUCUUGAGAUCAUUACAAUCACCUUCAUAUCUCAAAUUAAAAAAGUGGUUUUAUGCUUUACAUAAACACUGA